UGUCAGUGCCCGUCGUCGAUUUUCACGCUGUUAAAUCCCGUCGUAUUGUUUUUACCCUGUUUUCCACAAAGGAUGCGAGUGUGUGUGAUAUCCCCUGUGGUGUGACCCCAGGAAGUCUAGGAAGUGCGGGAGGAGAGAGUCGGUGUAAGCGAGUACAGGGCUGGGGCCGACCUCCCUAAUCGCUGUGAAGUGUGUGAGUGCUACGCGAAUCCUUCGGAUUUCAGUUAGGAUAUCUAAUGUAUAAGUCCCGGAGGUCUUUUGGUGGCCCUAGAGGUAUCCUAAGGUUCCAGGGGUGCCCUAGUGAACAUUGAUGUAAUGUGAUUGUCCUUCCAGACCAUGGUGGACCCUAGGUCCCUGGCCUAGGGUGUGAUGACGUCGGACAUCCGUCAUGUCAUCUUCCACCCGACACAACCUCGACUGUCUUGAGGAACCGUCCAACGUUUCUGGAAACCAGAGUCGUGCGAAAGGAUCUAAACAUAAGAAGCGUUCCGGUGGUAGCCUGUCUGACAGUUCUGGCAGUGUCAUUCGACAGGAGUCAUCACCGACUUUGACGCUCAUAUCGUCAAAGGGCUCAGCAGAUUCUAACUACUCGCAGCCUUCAUCUGACUUGUCGCUGGACGAGGAGAAGGAGACCCUGAGGAGGGAGAAGGAGCGGCAAGCCCUCAGCCAGCUGGAGAAAGCAAGGUCUAAACCUGUGGCAUUUGCGGUGAGGACGAACGUAUGUUACGACGGAUCACUGGACGAUGAUUCUCCUGUACACGGCAGUGCCGUCUCCUUUGACAUUCGUGACUUUCUCCACAUCAAGGAAAAAUACGACAACAAUUGGUGGAUUGGGAGACUGGUAAAGGAGGGCUGUGACGUCGGCUUCAUCCCCUCGCCAGCCAAACUAGAAAAUCUACGACUUCAACAAACACAAGCACGAAACUCCAAGCUCUACUCUUCCAAGACUUCGUCGUCCAGUAACCUAGGUGCGCUUGCCAACGAUGUGCUCUCUACGUCAAAAAGCGCCAACUCUCGAGGUUCAACCCCCCCCACACCUGGUGAGGACUCGGAUUCACUGGGAAACGCCAGACUUGCUGGUAAGACGACGCUCACUACCCCACCUGCCAAGGAGAAGCGGAAACCGUUCUUCAAGAAGCAAGAGACAACAACGCCUUACGACGUGGUGCCGUCGAUGCGACCUGUGGUGCUCGUGGGACCUUCACUCAAGGGUUACGAAGUCACGGACAUGAUGCAAAAGGCACUCUUCGACUUCCUCAAGCACAGGUUUGAGGGCAGGAUCAUCAUAACACGGGUGAUGGCGGAUAUCUCGCUUGCCAAACGAUCUCUGCUCAACAACCCUUCCAAACGAGCGAUCAUGGAGCGAUCAAACUCUCGGUCGACGUGCCUCGCUGAAGUACAGGCGGAGAUUGAGAGGAUAUUUGAGCUAGCACGAACUCUCCAGUUGGUGGUCCUGGACUGUGACACGAUCAAUCAUCCGUCGCAGCUGGCCAAGACCUCGCUGGCGCCCACCGUAGUCUACCUCAAAAUAUCCUCGCCCAAGGUGUUACAAAGGCUGAUCAAGUCGAGAGGCAAGUCUCAAGCAAGGCAUCUCAACGUGCAGAUGGUAGCUGCUGAGAAGCUGGCACAGUGUCCUCCGGAGAUGUUCGAUGUGAUACUAGACGAGAACCAGCUGGAGGACGCAUGCGAGCACAUUGCAGAAUACCUGGAGGCGUAUUGGCGAGCAACCCAUCCACCCGUCAACACACCCGCAGCACCCGUACCACGCCCCAUGCACCCACCUUCGCCCUCGGGCGCCGACCAUGCUGGCAACAUUGUCAGAGUCAACUCUACACCCCCAGGUGUCCAUCCACAUGACGAUUACGGGUACUGUGGUACACGAGGUGAUAUAGGAAUGUACCACCCGCCGCACCGAGGACGGUCCAGAAUUGACAGAGAGAGAGAUUACGAAGAUUACGGCGGAGGAGCACCGCGGGACAUGCACUACGGGCCUCCUCAUAGCCAUGCUCAUCCCCACCACUACGGGGGCCAACAUCGUGGCCCACCACAGCCUGACGACAGAUACCACCCUCGCCACGAGCCUCACCCAGACGAUUACCCUUCCCCCCACAGAGCUUCCUCUCGCCGGACCCUCAACGCUAUUUAAUACUGACGCGACAACUUAGGUACAAAUAUAAUUUACAAUUUCUGUAAAUAUGCUUGUAAAGGCAGACUGGUUUUCCUCGGUUUGUUUUCUGACUAUGAGGGAAAGUGUGAAUUGCGUCUAGGAGAAGUUAUAUUUAUGUUUUAUCGUCUUUCAAGCAAUGAUUUAUGAAGUUUAUCCCUGUAGUUUUAGGGUUACUUGUAGGCCUCAUGCAAAUGGUUGAAUUCGUUUGAAUUGAGACCAGUGCAUGGCCAAUUCACGACUAUGAAUUUCUUUUAUUGAGUCUAAGGAUAAUUUUAAGGGAAAUAUGGUUAUGUUUUGCAAAGUUCAGUACUAGUUACAAAAAAAUGGGGCUUUAACACUAGAAUGAUGCAAUGUCUUUUGAUUGCAUGAUGGAAACUCAAAUCCUUUGGAAGAGAACUGAAAAUGUAUUUCCAACAUUAGUUUUAGUAAUAAAUAUGGUUCAGUGAACUAUUUUAUUCCGUUUUUAAUUAUUAUGCUCAAAAUUAAAGACAAAUUAAAAUUACUGAAUGUUUUUGUUCAUUUACAGAUUGAAUUAUCUCUCAAGGCUGCUUAAACCUAUACAAUAUAUUUAUAGCUAGUUUAAUACGUUCUUUUAAAAAUCAGCCUCUUUGUAUAGUGAGUGUGGAUUGUAGAAGACUCCGAAAGAAUGAAUUUUAGAAGAACAAACUAAAUAUUUUGCAAAUGAAGUUUAGCGUAGCAAAAAUGAUAAUUUUAAGACCAUUUCAAAAUUCAUCCAACAUUGAAAUUAUUAUUAACAGUUUUUUUUACUUAUGUAUGUGAUGAAACAUUUUUUUCACUAGCACAUGCAAACUUGAAUCGUCUGCGAUAAAACAAAACGUAAUGUAUCAAAACUAUUUCCAAGAAAACAUAAUCAUAUUUCCUACUAAGUUUCGUAGGGUAUGGCAAUAUGUAAACUGUUGUCACUCAAGCGAGACAGUUUCCGAAUGUACAAAUUGGACCAAGUCCUUAAGUUGUUAGAUUGUACUCCCAGUUAAGUUGAGUGUUCGCUUUCCUGUUGUCUUGUUUAAGGUUAAGUUCCGAUGUAGUGUUGAGUGUGACAGACGAUGUUUACCUGAAUAAUAAUUGUGCCUCUACAAUAACUUAAUGGCAUGUUUUCAUGCCAUAUGUCUAUCUACCAGUGUUGUUUUGUUUUCGUUUUAAGUAAAGUGAUAAAAUGUGUGUUACUGGUUUUAUGGUAUUCUGAGUGAAACUUUAAGUCAACCGAAGGUAAAAAUUGCCUGGAUUUAAGUUUUUAUUUUGAAUCAAUUCGAGAAAUAUCAUUCUCAAACUUGUAUACAGUUUAGAAUGGUGCCUUUGGCAGAAUUUAAUGCGGUAAGAAACCAAUAAGAUUUCAAAAUCAGUAACUUUACUGUACAGAAUAAUAAAACCAGUUGAACUCAUGCUUUUGUAAAUGACACAGAACGCCACUGGUAGAAAUGUAUGGAAAUUAAACUAACAUGUGAUCAGUGUUGUACAGUAAUGAGUCACGCGAGAGCCGAGAGCUAGCUUUAAGACUGUUGUACCCUCUUAACGGUCUCCUGAUUUGUAUGGUUUUAAUGUCUCCAUUUGAUGAGUGAAUCGUUUUCUAUUGCCAAAGGAAUUAUAUUAAUAUAAGUAUAUUAUACGCAUCAAUCACUCAUUAUAAAUAAUCUCAUCGCCAUGAAAAGACAUUUUUUAAAUCUUACGAUCAUUGUACAUGGAAACUAAUACGAUAUUUUAACAUUUCUUUUGUCCUCGUCGAUGGAUUUCGCUUUGACACAGUUAACUUUGGCUGCGUUUCACAUUAAUAUCCGAUUCCCCUUCCUCGUAGGUAUCUAAUGUUACUUCGACAGUUCACUAGCGACCUUUGGUUUUUGUGAUAAAGUCUGUAUUUUUUAAACGACUUUGUAGAGUAAGCGUCAAACUGCAGAACGCUGCUGAAUGCUUUAUCUUAUUAUCAUAGAAUUAGCUUGGCAAAAAUUGAUAAUUUUAUUUAAGCUAAAGGUAAAUCUUCCACCUAGAUCUGUAAUGCAUAUUAUAUCAUGUACAAACAUCUGCUUUCAUGGGCACUGGAAGGAUCUUCUUUUCAUUUCUGACACGAUUAAAGACACAAGUUUUUGCUUUUUUAGGUUUUAUGAUUUUGUGGUUUUAAUAACAAUUGAAAAAUCUAAUCCCAUGGUAUAGUUUGGGGGGUUUUAGGAUUGUUUCGCCAACGGGAUAGGCACAAGCAACUAACAAAUGUGUUAUGUAGAUACAUUUGAUGUCUUUUAACUUGAUAAAAUUUUAAAAUAAAUAUGCAAUUCAUGUAUAACAGUUGAACAAGUUACAGAAAGAUAUAUUUUGCAUACCUGGUACAGAAUUGGAUUUAGUCUAGUCAGUGAGUAUUUAUUAAUGCAAUGAAACUAAGAUCCGUCUUUGUGGCUCAUGCUUAUUUUAUAUGUCAAAUAUAAUCACUUUUAUUGUUUUAUUAACAUAACAUAUCUUAUAAUACACUGUUCUACAUAUUGUAUUUAGUAGUACUGAAAUUUCAUUUUAGUUAUGUGAUUUGUAAAAUAUUGUGCAGUGUACAUAUUGUAAUAAGGAUUGCUCCUUAGGAUAGAAGGCUUGUCGCUAAGGCCAACUAGUUUUUGUACUUUCAUCAUAAUGCUUUAAGAAUGAAAUCAAGCUGUCUUGUUUUUUUAGUUUUCCUUUCCGAAUCGACUUCUUCAAAACGAACACUAUACUGGCUUUACGGUACAACAAAAUCCCAAAACUCAACGAUCAGGCUAGGUGUAAAAUAACACCUUUUAGGUCUUAGAUUGCUAGGCACUCUACAAACGGCUUCCCCAGACCUCCCCUUGAACCUAACCGAUUAUAUUUGAUUUACAUCGACUAGCGUAGUACUAUAUAGGUCACUUGAGAUCUGUCUUUCAAAUAUUAGUGUUAAAGUCCACCUAGCGAGGUAUUUUGUAAUUUCUGUAGGUGGUUUUGAAUUUGACUACCCAGAAAAACAUGGUCAGAUAUUACAAGUUUUCAUUGAGUAGUAAAAGUUUUAGCCAGUAAAGAAAUGUUUUCAUUAAAAUAUGUAUUUUCUUAUCUAAAGUAUUUCUCUCUCAGUAAUUGAAGAAAAUCAUUUACAAAUUACAAUAAGAAAAAAGCUAAGAUUGGCUAGUAAAUUAUUUUGGCUUUUAUAAACGAUUUUACACGACACUAAUAUUAAAUUAACCUGUAAAUAUCUUAUUAUAGUAGGUGCACUGUUUGAUAACAAUAUGAUAGAUUCACAAAAAAUUUAAAAUCUUACAAAAAUAUGUUUUUACUUUUUUCUAAAGCUUUAAAUUUUCAUAUUUUAGGCAUAUAGUUAAGUUAGAACCUAUCCUGUUUUCAGUAUUUUAACUUUAAAAACUCAAUUUCAAGCGAUUUGAAAAAUUGAACUAAACAGUUACACUUUCAUCUAGGGCUCUUUAUUUGUAAUCGUUAUAGUUCACAUUUUUAGUAUUCUACGUAGAAAUUGAUAAAAUAUUGUUUGUAAAUUGAUUACCAGCCAAUAUGAUACAAUUUUAAAUUUUCCACAUGAGUUGAAUUAUUUUUUAAGACAAUCAAAUUAAAGUACAGAAAUUGUAUAGUUAAAUUUUAUCAAGCAAAACAAAAUUUCAAUCUCUCUUGUUGAAAAAAAUGUAAAACCACAUCUUUUGUAAUUGUGGAAUCCAACAAAAGACUUUAUAUUGGAUAUUGUAGUCUUUAACCCCUUAAAAAAGUACCAAACACAAUUUAUGGGUUUUGAACCCAAUGUUAAUUUAUUGCCUCCAUUAAAACUUACAAAUAAAUGUGUCAAAUCCAAACAGAAUAUAAUGAAAGGGUCUGAGAAAUUUUCGUUAUGUGAUCAUAAAAAAACCUCUCUGAAGUCGUCAACACCUCUGAUUUAUUUAGUUUUUUAUCUUUUUGUUUUUCGCAAAACAGUUUUGUUUGCAGUGUUUCGCCUGUGAUGAGAACUAAAUUCAGCUGUAACAAAACAGCACUCACAACAGACAUUGUGUGAACAGCUUAAUAUUAAGGAUAUUUAUCUAUUUCUUUACCAGUUCCCACCUUCAAUAAGCACUCCCGACUCAGUUGAAUACCAUGUUUGUAAAUAAUAAAGACAAUUUUUAUCAACCA